GAGUGCAUUUCUGUGCACGUUGGUCAAGCUGGCGUGCAAAUGGGAGUAGCUUGCUGGCAGCUCUACUGUCUCGAACAUGGCAUACGUCCAGACGGCACGCUGCCUAGCUGCGAGACAGAUCUCAACGCAACUGACUCUUGUUUUAACACUUUCUUCUCGGAGGCCGAUCAAGGGAAGAUGGUGCCGAGGGUCGUUAUGGUGGAUCUUGAACCAACUGUGAUAGAUGAAGUCCGAUCCGGCGAUUACCGUCAGCUGUACCAUCCCGAACAACUGAUCACUGGUAAAGAGGAUGCUGCAAACAACUACGCGAGAGGGCAUUACUCAACCGGUAAAGAAGUAUUGGGACCUGUUAUGGAAAGAGUUCGGAAGUUAGCAGAUCAGUGUACAGGGCUACAGGGUUUCUUCGUGUUCCACUCGUUCGGUGGAGGCACGGGGUCGGGUUUCACGUCUCUGCUAAUGGAAAAUCUGUCUGAAGAAUUCGGUAAAAAGAGCAAGUUGGAAUUUGCCAUCUAUCCGGCUCCGCAGGUUUCCACAGCGGUUGUGGAACCGUACAACGCGGUGCUCACAACUCACGCCACCAUAGAACACUCUGACUGCGCGUUCAUGGUCGACAACGAAGCGAUCUACGACAUUUGUAGACGACGUUUAUCCAUAGAACGACCGUCUUAUGCGAACCUGAACAGACUUAUAUCACAGGUAGUGUCAUCGAUAACAGCGUCGUUGCGGUUCGACGGCGCACUAAACGUGGACCUCACUGAGUUUCAAACAAACCUGGUCCCUUACCCGCGGAUACACUUCCCAUUAGCCGCAUAUGCGCCUGUAGUCUCCGCUGACAAGGCGUACCACGAAGGUAUGUCCGUAUCAGAGAUAACAGCGGAACUGUUCGAGCCACAGAACCAGAUGGUCAAGUGUGAUCCGCGCGAUGGCAAGUACAUGGCGUGUUGCUUGCUGUACCGGGGCGAUGUUGUACCCAAGGAUGUGAACGCUGCUAUUGCCGCUAUGAAGGGUAGAGCAGGGAUACGCUUUGUGGACUGGUGUCCAACUGGUUUUAAGGUCGGCAUCAACUACCAGCCGCCAUCCGCGGUGGCGGGCGGCGACCUCGCGCAGGUGAAGCGCGCCGCGUCCAUGCUGAGCAACACGACGGCCAUCGCGGAGGCGUGGGGCAAGCUCGACCACAAGUUCGACCUCAUGUACUCCAAGCGGGCCUUCGUGCACUGGUACGUAGGAGAAGGUAUGGAAGAAGGUGAGUUUACAGAAGCGAGGGAAGAUCUCGCCGCGCUCGAAAGGGACUACGACGAAGUCGCUAUUGAGACCUCUGACCGCAACGAAAUUUACAAAAAUGACCAAUUUUAA